AUGUCGUCCAUUCCCUAUCCCGACAUAGAUCCUUACCACACAAUCGGAGUCUCAUCAGACGCGUCGCCAGCAGAUAUAAAGAAAAGUUACAGAAAAUUAUGCCUUCAACAUCACCCCGACAAAUUGGUGAAUAAACUGGACUCCGAAAAAGCCCAAUCAAAGGAAUUCUUUGACAAAAUCGCCUUUGCUUAUUCCAUUGUUGGCGAUGUGAAAAACAGAAAACGUUACGACGAAACCGGGUCUUUGUCAUUAUCGGUGUCAAUAGAUGAUGAUGAUUUCAAUUGGAAAGAUUACUUUGAUACCGUCAAACAAAACAUAGAGAUAACCCCUCAAGCCAUUGAACAGGACAAAAAGCAGUACCAAAACAGCCUGGAGGAAUUAGAUGACAUCAUUGAUGCGUUCGUUUAUUAUCAAGGCAAUUUCCUCAACCUCUUUGAAGUCAUCCCCCAUUUGGAAUUCUCAAUCAAUGAAGAGGAAAGAGUAUUUGCUAUAAUUGAAAAGGCAAUCAAUGAGAAUAAGGUUGACAGUGACUACAAAAAAUGGCGGAAAUAUCUCCAAACCCGCGACAAAUCAAGAAAAAAUUAUCAAAAGAAAAUGGCCAAAGAAGCAAAACAAGCAGAACAAUUGAAGAAAAAAUUGAAAAUAAACAGAAAAGUGGAGAAUGAAGAUGACCUAAAGGCGUUGAUUCAAAAGAAAAAUAAUCGUGGGUUCGAUGAUAUGAUUAGCUCGUUAGAAAGAAAGUACGGGGCUAAUAAAAUCACCAAGGACAAAAAGAAAUCAAAGAAAAGUUCAGCAAAGAAGAAGAGUGUCUAUGAAGAAUUGGAUGACGAAGCGUUUGAAAAAGCCCGGCAGAAGCUAUUGAAAAAGAAAUGA